GCAGUAUACUGCUACCAGGUUCGUAUACCGACCUGGUAGCAGUAUACUACUGAGGCACCGAUAUACGGACCUGGUAGCAGUAUACUAAGGCACCGGUAUAUGGACCUGGUAGCAGUAUACUGAAGCACCGGUGAUACAGAAGCAUACAAGCCAUCAUGUCCAUAUCAGUUGGACGUCAAUUCUUAUGUAUCAAGAGUCCCUUCACUCAGAUAUUAAGAUAUAGAAGAAAACCAAAUAUUCGAAAACCUGCAAUACCUCACUGGAAGCGGGCUGUGGUUUUGAAACUUACCGAGCCCAUCUAUAAAGAUCCAAAUGAAGAUGUACAUCCUGCAGAUACCUGUGAUAAGAAAAUAAAAGCUUUACAAAAAUUACAAGAAGAGAUCAAUCCUUUUGAGCAAAUUCUUGCUAAAGAGUUCUUGGAAAAAAUUGAUUGUGCCAAGUUAGUAGCAGUAUUUCAUCAGCUGCCUAUGACUAUGGCUGAUCUAUUUGAAGCUAGAGUCCAGCUGAACAAGAUAAACUUGGAAUACCUGAAACAUAACAAUAAUAUAAUGAAGCUCGCAUUCACUGGCACAAAAUAUGAAGCUCUUCUGAAGUUGUACGUAUCGUCAACAGUAACUUUUGUUGGUGAUCAACCUGCGGUAUCCAAGUUGCUUAAACUUGAAAGGAAGAUUCCCGGCUUGGUGUUAAUUGGCGGAAUUGUGGAGAACAGAUUCAUGAGUGUUGCCGAACUCAAACGGUAUGCUGCACUGCCGCCUUUGCAGAGUGUUCAGGCUCAGCUGGUUGCCACUCUCGGUGAACCACUCCAGCACCUUUCUCACAACCUUAUACAUAACCAGAUGGAGCUGUCUUCUGCCCUGACUCGAUCAAUUACUGACCAGACUUCAUUUGAGAACACGGAUCAUGAUGCAUCAAGGGAAGACUAACAGCUUCAACCAGGAUUUUGUACAUUUAAAAUGUUAUGUUAAAGUAGUUUUGGAUGCUAUAUAUCUGAACUAAAAAAAAUUUAUCUUAAUAAAUGUUGCUCAUAGAUUUUUAAUAAAAUGGUGUAAAUCAAAAGCAUAAAA